AUGUUUUUAGGCGCCCCACCAUCUGAAAUGGAUGCAUCUGGUAGCCAAGUAGAUCAGCAAAGCCCGAAUCGGCAGGUUGAAGACCAGUCUACAUUGGCACUCAUAAAUGAUAAUCUUGGGCACUCGACAAGUUCGCUAGUCCAGAAAGACAUAAACGACUUGCUAAAGGAUGCAAUACUGAAGGGAAGUUGGCAGAAAGAGAACUUAGAUUUCACCGGAGAAGUUCAAGAGCCAGCAUAUGACUAUAGAAGACGAGUCAGCCCAAUUUCGAGCCCAGUUCGCAGGUUACAGGACACAGAAGGAUAUUAUCAACCAACGAGAUUUUCGCUGCAACAAAAUGAUUCUUACUUUAGGAGACUGUUCAACAGGACCCAAGUUCUGCUGCUGCGAAAUGACUUUUCUCUUGAUUUCUUGAUCAUAUUGAGGCGUUACGUUCAUUUGCUCAUCGAAGAAGACGAGAAUCCUAUGGAUGACCAAUAUGUGCUCGAGCUGCAAAACGAAUUGGACAAAGGGUUUGUGCUCACUGCGCGUCUUUACAACCUAUUAGAACUCUUUUUGUCUCAUCCCAGCAACCGCCUUAUGAUGUUGGCGCAAUAUGAGCAAAGAAAGCGAAGAUCAAUUGUCGAAUCUGUUUUUACUAGAUGGAAACUUCUCACCAAGGUAGACAUGAACUUAAUGCAGCUCAGCUUAGCCUGGAAUAGCUACCUUCGAAAGAAAUAUUUCAGCUCUUGGAGGCGGAAGACGCGCUUCAAAUGUAAAGAGUUGGAGAUGGAGGCCGAUAAUCUCAUUAAUUUUAAGUGUCAAGCUAACACUUUUGACAUGUGGAUGAAGCGUACCGAUGCUCAAAAAGUGAAACAGGAUCUGGCUGACGUUUUCUUCCUGCAAAAGUACCUUACGAUGUUCAAGGAAGAGGUGAAGAUUAGGGCAAAUCAGAUCGAAGCUGCAAAUUCACAGUAUCGCAGAAGGUGCGUAAGCCGCGCAUUUUCGUCACUCAAGUUACAAAAGAUACAAAAGUUGGUUGAAGAACGUGUGACGCUGGACGUCAAGAAGGAGCAUUUUCGGCAGCUUUCAGAGCGAUAUAAUGACAUUAGAUCCAUGAACUAUAAGGCAGCGCUUCUUGCUCGACAUCAUACCUUGAGCCCUUUCAUGAAUAAAUGGAGGUUGCGCUUUGCUGAGGAUUUUAUGAAGAAGAGGCAGAUGGGUCAAUUAGAGAUUUUGUUCCGGGAAAAAAUGGCUUUCAAAGUUGUCAAAGACUUCGUAGACUGGAAGGAUCGCGAAGCUCAUGCAAUCGCCCACCUCAAUCGUGUUUUUGUGAGAUACGUAUUUCAAGAUUUGUGGUAUAGGAGGUACAAGGAAAGACAGCUACUGAACAAUUAUUGUUCGAAACAAGAUGCGUUUUUAACAGCUAGACAAUUUUCUAGCUGGAAAGCUUGGUCGCACCAGACCAAUCGGGCGCUUUGUUUCAAUGAGAAAGCUAUUUGCAAAAGAACCUUUCGACUCUUGCGACUUGGAGCUUUGUCAGCACGUUUAAGAAGCAGGCAUGGUGAAGUACUUGUGCGUAAGGUACAUCUACGAUGGCUCGAGGCCACUCGACUUGAGCUGGUCUUGGCAGACUGCCGCCAGAAACUGCUGAAAAAGUUCUGGAAUCGCAAAUUAAAGAACAGGUACUGGUCACUUGUUGACCUUUCUUCUAUAACCAAAAAGUGUCGAGACUCCCAAAUAGCCAGAGAAAACUUUGAUAAAUGGCUCAGCGCAUAUCGCACAACUGGCGAGUUACAGAGGAGAGCCGAGUUUUUUAAAAAGGUUAGAGCGAUCGUCAAGUUGAAAACGGUACUGAUUCAUUGUGACCAGCUCAACGCAGCGAGCCGGACAUACGCAAUUCAAAAGGACAAUCACGGAAUGCAGAAGUUCUUUUCCAUCUGGCAGUCAAGCAUGCGGAUCCAAAUACGUUUGAAACUGGAAAUUGUGUUGGAUCAGUACUUGUCUCUUAAGGAGAGAUCGACAAUGAAAAAACAUAUGGCCAUUUGGUUGUCCCGAUUUCAGUACGUUUCAUUGAAAUGCACUAAAGUAGCCGAUGCAUUGAGAGAACGAGCCGUGACCUCGGUAGCUUUUGCGAAAGCAAUAGAGAAACUAGAAUUGCACGAGGAAUGGUGGAAAGUCGCUGUAGAAUUGAAUGACCAGUCAAGUUUAGUGAUCGCAUUCGACAAAUUGAAACUCGGAUACAAUCAGGUUGCUGCGAUGCAACGGGACCUGGCACGGUUACAGGCUGACCGAGAGCUUUCAAGCUUAGUCCACUGUAUGAACGUUUGGACGAUGAAGCAGCUGAAGUGCUCUCGAAACAGCGAAACUGUCGAGAUCUUCAAGAAUAGAUGGAACCGGGCUGGUUUGAGGGCAAUACUUUUAUUGUGGAGAGAAAAAGUUGCGUACGGCCACUCGAAGCAUUCUGAUGGGGACGUCCAGAACUUUGGGUUGAAUGAGGGUGAUCAAGAUCUCAUAACCCCAACCAGGAUUAGAAAUAGCGGUCGCAUCACGAUUCCGGGUUCAGAGAAAAUGAAACAGAACAGGAUGGAAGCCAUGAGGAAUCACUAUCGUAGAGCACGCAAGGCUAUCCCCAGUCCUAUAAGAUUUUCUGAAAGACUGGACACUGUAACCAAGAAAAGACUGGAGGCUAAGUCUAUCGCCCUGGAGCAUGGGAACAUCUCACCGCCGCCGAAGAUGGACCUAGAGAAAAUAAACAGAAAGUUGGCCUCCAAAAAGCCUGCUAUUAGUUUCAAGAGCAUCCCUGAAGCACGCCUGAGCCCAGUAACAUCAUCACCAUACUCAUAUGCCCCAAUUGUCGACCGCUCUCUUCUAUCGCAUCACGACGCCGAUUUGGAUCGCUCACCGAGUAUUAGAUAG